CCACAAGAGGGCGAAGAGAGACACAACGGGCGCUUAUUUCGGGUACACACUAAGUUUAGACUGGGAGAGCCACCCUCAGCAUGUUGGGAAGCCUGCAACGAGUAUCCUGCAAACCCUUUGUCCGUAUAUAGGUCAAGGUCCCGCAUUAGCCCUGAAAACGCUAUUGCGGGAGACCCUUCUCCAGCAUAAUCAUAUCGCCCCAUCCUCAGACCGGCUCUCACACCCCUUUUCCCGCCACUUACCUCUUGGGGAUGCCCCCACAUGCAAACCCCGAAUAUCAGAUAUCAGUCUGGAGAGCAUCUUUCAUCAACCCGACAACUCAAUCCGAAUAUGUGCAAGCUGAAGCACGCAAGGCUUCCUCCACAGGACGUCGGAACGCCACUACCGCAGCCUUUGGACUCCUUUGCCUGGGAUUCAUCUUCUUUCAACAAUCACGAAAGUUUGAUGCAGUAACGCUAUUCAGAUUUCCUUUUUCGGAAGGCUUCAUAAUCCUCUUUGUAGGAAUGUUCGUCAACCUGCUGCUGAAACCUCCAUGGAUGUUCAGACUCACGGCCAUCCUCACUUUGGCAUUUCUCCUCGUGCCAAUUUAUUCAAUGAACAACCAAAAUGUAUCGUGGGCCACAGAACGGGACAUGGCAGUCACACUGGCUUCGGAGAUGCCGAACACUGUCACAGUCAUUACCGCACUCUCCCUUGGGGGGGUACAACAAAGGGCGGGGAUAGCCGCCUUGUAUAUCAUUGGGAUGCGCAUCUUCGGAAACAUAUUUCACCAACCUGGAGCAUUGAGCCAAGGGGGCUACAAAGUCGUUCUGAGGAUGAUGUGGACUGUAGGGUUGUCGACGUUUGUGCAAUGGAGGCGACAGAUCCGUUCGAUGAGGGACUGGGUUUUACUGCAACAAUAUAUGGACAAGGAAGCAAACGAGACUGGAAACGGUCCACCAUCGCAAAAAGGCGAUGAAAAGUCGUCACUCGACAACAAAGGAAAGGAGAAUGGGAGCGCUCCUGUGUCCAACCCGGGAGCGCCUCCUCGGCGCACAAUCCGAACAAACCACCGGCGUUGCAAUUGUUUCCGAAACCUCCUCCUCAACCCGCCUUUCACCGACAAGAACGCCGAGGAAACAUUUCACCGAUUCUGUUCUGUGUUCUCCGUGAAGGAACAGAUACUAUGUCACGGAAGCAACAUUCUUUCGUGCUGGACAUCUGGGGCAAUAUUGUGUUAUCUUUUGCAAGGUUUCCCGUCGGAGGCAGUCUCGCUCUUCGUGACCAUCCCUCUCCUAUCCAUCUUCGCGAUCAUUAUCAAAUCGCUGGGGGUUUUCGGUGGCGGAUGUCAAGGGGCGCAGCUGCACCCCUUUCGUGAGCAAAUGUCUUCCAUGUGCUGCUACCUCCUCGUCGAUUUCUUCAUGAUCUGGGACGUGUCUACCCGAUAUCGCCAACUGUCUGGCGAGAAUGCCAUCUCGAGGCUUGAGGCGGGGUUGAACCCCAAGACCAGCGCUUUCACGAGCAUCCUGUUGAUUCACCUCACGUUUAUCCUUGCGAGAUUCGACUUCGAAGCCUUCAGAGGUCCGUUUGCCGUGUUUGUCCUCGUUAUGGAGGUGAUAGGAUUGUGCUUGGGGGCCUGGUGGCAGGGGUACGUGGGGCCGCACUACUUCGCUGCCAGUAUUCCUAGCUUAUUUCAGAUCGUUCAUGCCGAAGCAGGUCUUCGUAGACAUUUUCUGGUUCAUCAUCCGGAGUUUGGCAGUGGGGCGGGGGUCAAUGGCGGCAGCGGUAGUGCCCGCAAAGCGGACGAAAUACAAUCUGAGCCAGCAAUAAAAGUAUCGUCUGUAGCCUUCGAGGAAUAGAAACAUGGUAGCAUAGAGAUGAGAUCAAGUAAUGUUAGGAUCAAUGAUAGCAGGUUAGAGUUGUGAAGGGAAAUAUAGCCAUCAAGCAAGAAGACCUUGUAGCAUAGGAAAAUAGAGCUGAUGCAAUAAUUCUGGGGAAAUGCUACGUACAGUAGGAUGCCAAAGUAGACGUCAGAUGCCAAAGUAGAU